AUGUCAGCUCGUCUCGCCAGCUACUUGCGGGACAAUUUCAAGCUCACCACCUCCGAUUUCUUUUGGACAGAUUCAAUGAUUGCUUUGCAAUGGAUACGAGCGGACGCAAACCGCUGGCCGCAGUUUGUACGCAACAGGGUCACAGAAAUUCAACAGAAGGUAGAGAAAGAUCGAUGGAGAUACGUGGGAACAGAAGCAAAUCCAGCCGACUUGUUGACGCGAGGAACAAGUUCCAAGAAAUUCCUUCAGUCCAAGCUGUGGUGGAAAGGACCACCAUGGCUGGCGGAAUCUGAUGACAAAUGGCCAUCUCCUGAAGUCAAUGAGAUGACACGCACUCACGUUCAUAAAGAGCAGGUUGUGCUCCAGACCAUCGCACCAUCGUGCUCGGAUCCAUUGAUGGAUCUGGGACGAUUCAGCAAUGUCAAUAACCUCCAUCGUGUAACAGCGUGGAUAAUUCGAUUCACCAAGAACUCCAGAGCAAUAGGUCGGAUGAACGGUCCCUUAAGCGCUAGUGAGAUUCAACAGGCCGAACAAGAAUCUGCAUCCGCGGACGAAAUCAGCGCACUCGGAAGCAACAAUGCACUUAAGCGAACAUCGAAGUUGAAAGAUCUAAGGCCAUUUAUUGACGACGACCGCAUCCUCAGGGUUGGAGGACGAAUGGGUGGUAGUCGGCAAACAUUAUCGGAAUGUCAUCCAAUCAUACUGCCAACUCACUCGCAUUAUGCGCGCCUUUUAAUUUUACAGUCCCAUCAACAAGUUUUCCACUGCGGAGUGCGUGACACUUUAGUGCAGCUACGCGAAAGGUUCUGGAUACUCCGAGCACGCCAACAAGUCAAGCGAAUACUAUGA